AUGUGUCGGUUUGAGUACCUUUCCUCAUUAGGAACCGAAAUUUCAUUCCUGCAAGAGGCACCUCCAGUCCCAUACCCAAUACACGCCAUAGACCUUGACGCUUCUGCCCUGGAUGAGCUCCCAAGCGGCUUCCGACAUCUCAUCCAUGGUGCAAAACUCUCACGAAACGUCAUCGAAGUCAUCCAGAGAGCAAAUAUCGUCAACGACGCCACAUUCGGCAAGAGCAAAACAACACCCAACUAUAACACUUACAAGUUGGAAAUCACAGCGAAAUACUUCGACUACAUAGAAGCCUGUCCGGAGCUCGGCAGCCCAGAUGACCCCUGGAGCGAGGCCCCGCUCGGCAAGCUCCUCUGCCUGGCUCUCCUGGUCUAUUGCUGCAAUGACCUAUGCCCUGUAUCGGCACUGAGCGCUUCCAAGACCAGCGCACGCCGAGGCUUGACGGCAGAACUUCUCAAGUGCACCUCGACCCACGACGAGAAAUGCGAAGAGGAAUGCCUCCUGUGGGUCUGGAUAGUCGCCCUAAACGCAUGGAGAAAUAAUCUGGGGGUUUGGACUGGGGUUGGAUCUGAGCUGUCGAUCCUAUUCAAGGCCAGAUUCAGACUGAUCCUCGGUGGUGGAUAUGAAGGCUGCUCAUAUAUUGUGGAAUCAUUCCUUUGGAACCCCUCUUUGGAUAUAACGCUACUUGCGGCAUUGGCCUGA